AUGUCGGACGCAUCCAUAAUUGGUGAAGAUACACUCGGCGACAGAUGGUUUUCGAUGAAACUUCCCGAGCUUAGUGAGGGUAAGAAAGUGGUCCUAUAUUUGAUCAAAGAGAUAAAGAAGAAAGUUCAGUUGAUCCAGAAUCUGUUAAGAGAAGCUUCAGACAGGAAAAUGUCAUACAUAUACUUAAAGCGUGAAGACAUUGAGUUCGCAGUUGGGGAUAAUAUGUUCCUCAAGGUUUCCCCUUGGAAAAGAGUGCUCCGCUUUGGGCACAAGGGAAAGUUAACCCCGCGCUUUAUAGGACCUCAUGAGGUACUUGAUAGAGUUAGACCGGUGGCUUACAAGUUAGCCUUACCACCAGAGUUGGAAUGCAUCCAGAAUGUGUUCCAUAUAUCUAUGCUCAAAAAUUAUGACUUGGAUCAAUCAAACGUCAUACCCUUAGAGAAGAUAGAGGUCAGUUCAUAUAUGACCUAUUCAAAGGAACCAGUUAGAAUCUUGUCAAGCGAAGUAAAAGAGUUAAGGACCAAGUGGAUUCAUUUGAUAAAGGUGCUAUAG